CCUCAGGAGUGUGCUGGAAUCAGCUGGAUAAAUACCGUUUAAAGCGUUGUUGAAUGUAUAUUUUGUCCUUUGGAUUAUUCGGGAGUCAUGAGCAAAUAUAUUUUACCAGUUUCAGUUUUUGGAACAGUGAUUGGAUGCGCUGCUUUACUGAAGAACCAUGUGACUGGAGGCCGGUGUACUAGUAAUGCCACCAUUAAUGGGAAGACAGUGGUUAUAACAGGAGCCAACGCAGGCAUCGGGAAAGAGACUGCCCGGGAACUGGCCAAGAGAGGGGGCAGGAUCAUUAUGGGAUGCCGGGACAUGGGGAAGUGCGAGGAAGCUGCGAAGGAAAUACGUGGGAAGACCCUGAAUCCUCACGUCUACGCGUGUCACCUUGACCUGGCCUCCAUGAAAUCCAUCCGAGAGUUUGCAGAGAGAAUCAAACAAGAGGAGCAGCGUGUUGAUGUACUGAUAAACAAUGCAGGGGUCAUGAGAUGUCCAGCAUGGAAGACGGAAGACGGCUUCGACAUGCAGUUUGGAGUUAACCACUUAGGCCACUUCUUGUUGACAAAUCUUCUGCUGGAUAAGUUGAAAGAGUCCGCCCCCAGUAGAGUGAUCAACCUGGCCUCACUCGCCCACAUUGUUGGAAAGAUUGACUUCGAGGACUUGAACUGGGAGAAGAAGAAGUUUGAUACCAAGCAGGCGUACUGUCAGAGCAAGCUUGCCAAUGUUCUGUUCACCAGAGAGCUCGCCAAGCGAUUACAAGGCACAGGAGUCACAGUGAAUGCUGUGCACCCAGGCGUUGUUGCCACGGAGCUCGGGAGGCACACGGGUCUGCACCAAUCACAGUUCUCGAGCUCUGUGCUCAGUCCCUUCUUCUCCCUGUUGGUAAAGAGCCCAGAGCUGGGGGCCCAGCCCAGUGUCUACCUAGCGGUGUCCAAAGAGAUGGAGGGGGUGACGGGAAGGUACUAUGAUGUGAUGACAGAAAAGGAACCAGCGCCCCAGGCCCUGGAUGAGGAGGCAGCACGCAGGCUUUGGGAGGUCAGCAGCAGGCUGGUGGGUCUGGAGGAGGCGUAAGAGGAGGAGGGACAGUUCGCCAAGUCAAACCAACAGGCAGAAGGCCAGAGCAAAGCUGCACAUACAGACCCAGCACAGACACGGGGACAGAGACCAGGACCAGCUGUCAGUACUGUGGGGCAGUAGGUCUGCUCUUGCCUCUGGGCCAGCAGAGGAUAAUGGGCCUUUAUGACUUGAGCUGUGCCAGUCUCAUUGGAACAAUUAAUUGUCUGAGUCUAUGGUUGUGGUUGUCUGUGUAAUUGCGGUCUUUUGUACAUGCCUUUAUGUUCCUGCAUCAGGACUUAAAAACACGUAUUACAAGCAGCCUUUGAUAAUGGACCUUUGACUCUAAAAAAGCGAGACUUUAACAUUUAAAUGUAUCCCUGGAAAAAUAUUACUUCAUAAUCUUCAUAAACAACCGCAGUCUUGCUUGCUUCAAUGCACUCAGCACUCUCAGGGGCUUUAUGACCAGUAGCUUAUGGUGGCUAAUGUUAGCUGACUUUAAAUCGAUAACUCACAUCAGUGCGUCAGUUUGUUUGUUUUGUUGACUCUUCUGAUGCUACUCUUAUACACGAUUUUAGCAUUUACCAGUAACAAAGUUACAUACUUACUUUUUAAGUUAUUUGUAUUCAAACUUAUUUUACAAAAUUUUAUGAACUGCUGAAAUACAGUGCUUGCAAAGACAUAAAUUUACUACAAUGUAUACAGAAGGUGGGGUAAAUACUCGAAGGGGCUUGGAGAAACAUCUCAUCUUAAAAAAAAUAAAAGAUGAACAUUUGAACAAAAACUCA